AUGCGUCAGGUGUGCGCCUACGUUCAGCAGGACGACUGCUUCAUCGGAUCGCUGACCGUCGAGGAGCACCUGAGAUUCAUGGCGAAACUGCAAAUGGGCAGCGAUCAUGGCGAUGUGGAGCAGGAGCGACGCGUCCAAGCGGUUAUGCGAGAUGUACGGAAAGCAUUAAGGACCACUUGCAAUAGGCUUCUUGGACUGGGAUGGAAGUAUUUUGGGCCCAAGUUUCAGACCGGUCGGAUUAUCUGGUCGGGAGAGAGACCAUUUCGGGACCGGAUAAUCGGAACGGUCCCAAACUUGGACCGAAAACACUUCAAUCCCAGUCCAAGAAAGCCUGCAUCCAAAACUCUUUAUUCUUCAGCUGGGACUUGAAAAUAUCGCCAACUCGAUCAUCGGAACUCGCACGCGCAAGGGCAUUUCCGGAGGCGAGAAGAAACGUCUGGCAUUCGCCAGUGAGGUAUCAUGUGGCCUUCCCAGUCCACCGUCACCUUCUCUCUUCCAGAUUCUCACCUCACCGCCGAUUUUGAUUUGUGAUGAGCCCACUUCCGGCCUGGACGCGUUCCUCGCCUAUCAAGUGGUGUGCGUGCUCAAAAAGUUGGCCGCCUCGCGAAACAUGACGAUACUCGUGACGAUCCAUCAGCCGUCGUCGCAAGUUUUUGCGCUUUUCGAUAGGUAACCGUAACCCGAAAUUUGCUCACUUCAUUUUCCACACAAUCAGUGAAACAGACACCGUUUGAAUCAAAUUUUUGCGAUGUGGUGUUUGCAGACUCAUCUUGUCAACCGUAACCGCCAAGAAGACACGAUUUUUGUGCUAUUUUUGCUGUUCAAAACUUGUUCAAAACUAUGUCUCUGUCACUGAUUUUGUGGCAAACGAGCCAAAGUUGGAUGUUUUUUCGAGAAAAUAUCAACUACAGUACCUCUGCUUGUUUUUCAGUGUUUACAUGAUGGUCAACGGCAAAGUCGCGUUCUGCGGCAGCCAAUCGUCGGCGGAGAAGAUGUGGGCGGAGCUGGACCUGCCGAUUCCGAUGAAUUUCAAUCCGUCGGACCACUAUCUGGCGACCAUGUCGAUCAGGGAUCCGCGCGAGGAGUCGGCGAAGAGAAAGCAGAUUGCGACGAUCUGCAACACGUUUAUGUAUUCGGAGAGCGGCAAGGAGGUGUUCCGUCAGUCAAGCGGCCGGGAAAUUGACGAAAGUGGGCGAAGCCACGGUGCGGAUUACUGUAACGAGACUGUAGAUUCUUCAGGAGACAGGGCCGACAGUGAGGCGUGGCGUCGGCGAUACGCGUCGAAAUUCGGAAACCCGAAAUUCGGCGCCUCGUUUCUGCAGCAGAUUUGCGCGUUGACGUGGAGAGCCUGGAAGACGGUGCUCCGCGAGCCCACGCUGCUCAAAGUGCAAAUAUUUCAAAGCAUAGUGAGAAAACUGAGCAAAAUUCGGCCCCAGAAACCUGAUAUUGCAGAUUAUCGCGGUGCUCACCGGACUCAUCUACACGAACAACAGUCCGGUGGAUCAGCGCAAAGUGAUGAACAUCAACGGAUCGCUCUAUCAAAUGAUCUCCAACAUGGCUUUCAUGUUUCAGUUUAGCGUCGUACACGUAAGUUGAAAACCGAUUGAAUAACAAUGCUUUCUGCAGUAGUUGUUGCAAAUUACGCAAAUACUACUUUUUCAAAUGCGAAACGUCAAUUUCGGCCUAAACACGGCGUUUUUCAACUUGAAAUGCAGAAAUCAUUCGGCUCGCCUUAAAAUUUGAAAUUCCGCGCACAAACUUGACCUAAAACUUGAAUUUUAAAUCCUCUCGGUUUUUGCAGCACUUCUGCCUGGAAAUGAACACAUUCUACCGUGAAACGGGCUCGCAUCUCUACCGCGUCUCGGCCUAUUUCCUCGCGAAAAACCUGGCCGAACUGCCGUCGUACACGAUUUCGGCGCUCGUGUUCACCUCGAUCCUCUACUGGAUGUCGGGCCUCGUGCCGCUCGUCGACUCGUUCCUCAUCUACAUGCUCGUCGGAUUUCUCGUCCAGAACAUUGCCAUCUCGAUCGGCUACCUCUUCAGCUGCGUGUUCGGCACCGUCAAUCUGGCCGUCGCCGUCAUGCCGAUCUUUGUGGUGCCGAUGAUGGCGUUCGGAGGCUUCUUCAUCAAUCAAAACACCCUCCAGUGGUACUUUGUGCCGCUCAAGUACCUCUCCUACUUUGGCUACGGAUACGAGGCGAUCGCGAUCGGCCAAUGGAUCCACAUCGACGAUAUCCCCGGCUGCUCGAGAUCUUCCUCGGAUCACUGCGUCCGAAACGGAACAGAAGUGCUCCAGGAGCUCAGUUUCAAGCCGUCCAACUUCUGGACCGACCUCGCCGUCAUGGGAUUCAUGAUAAUCGCCUUCCGAUUCUUGGCCUUCUUGGCCCUCUUUUUCCGUGCCAGAAGCCGCAGAUGA